UGAUAGAAAUCUGAAGGGGCGUGCUUCUAUGAACCUAUGUAGGUGAAGAUCCAGCCUCAACGGCGAGCUGAUAUCAGCCUAGCGUCUUCGUGGAUGCGCUGACCACCUCAUCCCGCCGUCCAGAUGCAUCCCUCCAGCGAAGCCCUGCCGCCCGAGACGACAGACGAGAUUAUAGGGUGCCUUCACGACAGCCCUGCUGCUCUGGCUGCGUGCUCGCUUGUUCACUCCGAAUGGAAACAUCGCGCGCAAAUUCUGCUGUUCACCAGAGUAGUCCUCCGUGAUAGUCAGGCGUAUGCCGCGCUGCUACACCUCAUGCGGUCCGACGCUCGGAUCGCCGAACGGCAUUGCCAAAACACGAAGCAUCUGGAGAUCCUCGAUGACCGGAGCCACCCGUACGCACACCAGCUCCCGUUGACCUUGUGCAGAAAAUUCCCCGCACUCCGGUCCAUCGCAUGCCACAAUGCUCAAUGGCACGAGAAGACGCACUUACCCCCGAGGUUCUUCAUCCCUCUGUCGACAUUUUCGGGCGUCGUAUCCCUAGAGCUGCACGCCUGUGAAUCUCGCGCCUUCCGAGACUUCGUCCGUUUCGUCUGCGCUUUCGGGGGUCUCCGCGACCUGACUUUGGUCCGGGCAAACUUGGGAAAGCGGUCCCCGAUCGACAUCGCGCCCACGGUGAAGCCACGGGGCAGCGACCUGCAGCUACGCAAUCUUCGUACGGAACACUUGGUCUCGGAAGACAGUGCGCUUGCUGAGCUGUUGUCUUGGCUCAAGCGCACUCCGAGCGGACAGGAGGAGACCAGGACCAUUCGGGACCUUCGUGUCAACCCGCAGGAAACGAUGCUGCAGACGUCUUUUCACGCACCGAUGGAGGGCCUAUUGUCAACUCUCGGUUCCUCUCUCAUAGAUCUAGACAUGCCAGUACUACUCCAUGACAUAGGCACGGGCCUAGAAUCCAACAAUCAACUCCGGACACUCGUUCUACGACACACAUUUCGCGAGGAGUGGGGGAUAGCAUGGACGAAGAUAGGUUUGAUGCUCCAAACCAUGAAAUCCGUCCAUCUGCGGAGCUUCGAGCUGGUCUUCACCAUCUUCCGAGGCACCGGUCCCGCAGGCGGACGGUCCAUGGACCUCGCGGACUUCAACAUCAACUGGGGCCCGAUCAACGAGAUGAUAAGCAACAAGGAGUUCGGUGCGCUGGAGAAGGCCACGGUGACAUUGGAGUGGCACCUAAUGGACACUUUGCCGCCUGGGUCCGCUGAGCACAUGCAAAGUAUGAUCGAGGAGGGGAUGAAGCAACUGGACUGGUACAAGCGCGGAAUACUGACCAUCACUCAUAACAAGCAUCCCUUUACCCUUCCUCCAGAACCCAAGCACCCCUCGGCUCAGUAAACCGUGUCCUUUUAGAAACUCUCGCAAGUGUGAUCUUUCGGGCCUGCAGAACAUGUAGUAACGGAGUAUCUUUCUCAUCGCAUUGCUAUACGAUUCCAUUAGUUCUUGUCGUUU